GUGGCGAUAAACACUCUAAAGAAAAUAUUGAAGUUUCCCUUCGUUGUCUGUUUGUCCAUCAACCCACCCCCUCACUCUCUACAUUGCACGAAAUUUAACAAUGGCAUCCAGACUCCUGUCGAACACCCUACAAACCCUACAAACCCGCGCUGGUUUGAGCAAGCAGCUUUCUCGUCCCUUGGCAACGGCCGUCGCUAAGCAAGGCUUUGCCACCCGUACUACCGUUCUUCCCAACGGCUUCACUAUCGCCACUGAAGAAAACCCUAGCGCAGGUGCUGCUACUGUUGGUGUUUGGGUUGAGGCUGGUUCCCGUUUGGAGACUCCGCAAACUCACGGUGUCGCCAACUUCUUGGAACGCGCCACUGUCCAGAGCAAGAACGCUUCGCUUGAGAAGCUCGGCGGUGUCUCCACUUCGGCCACCACCCAAGAACAAACGUUCUUCGCCACAACCACCCUGGGAUCCAAGGUAUCCGAGAGCGUCGAAAUUCUCGGUGAUGCUCUCCAGAACAGUCAGUUCGACGAUGCCGUUUUGGAAAAGGCCCGUGCUUCCGUGUUGAAGCAGCAGGAUGCCGUCAGCAACAACGAAGGCAUGACCUUGAUCGAACACCUCUAUGCUACUGCUUUCCAAGGUGAAGCUCUUGGCCGUCCCGUUGCCGGUUACAAGGAGACUAUUGAGAGCUUGACUGCCAAGGACCUGUCUGCAUUCCAAAACGAGAACUAUGUCGCCCGCCGCAUGGUUCUUGUCGGUGCUGGUGAUGUCGACCACGAUGCCUUGGUGCGUGAUGCUGAAAAGAUGUUUGGUGGUUUGGAGACUGGCGCUGAGGCUGCUUACGAGAAGCCUUCGUUCACUGGCUCCGAAAUCCGUUACCGUGAUGACGCUCUGCCCCGUGCCCACAUUGCCUACGCUGUCGAGGGCGCCCCUUACUUGAGCGUCGAUUACUUCAACUUGUCGGUCAUGCAAAAGAUCAUUGGCUCGUGGGAUCGUACUUUGAGCGGUGCCAACAACUUGACCUCGCGCCUAUCCGCUGUCGUUAGCAAGAACCACUUGGCCGAUUCGUUCGUCUCGUUCAACAAGGGCUACAAGGAUACCGGUUUGUUCGGUACCUACUUUGUCUCGCAGAACCGCACUCAACUCGAUGACUUUAUCCACUUUUUGCAAAAGGAAUGGAACCGUCUUUCUACCACCGUCACCCCCAGCGAAGUCGAAAUCGCCAAGCAACAGCUCGCUGCUAGCUUGUUGUUGAAGAUGGACUCGACUGGUGCUGUUGCUCAGGACAUUGGUAGCCAGGUCCUUGCCUCUGGCAAGCGUCUGUCUCCUGCUGAGUUGAAGGAUACUAUUAACAAGAUUUCUGUCAAGGAUAUUCAUGCUACUGGCAGCAAAUACAUCUGGGAUCAGGAACUUGCUGGUGCUGGUCUCGGCCCCGUAGAAGCCAUGACUGACUACACCCGUACCCGAGGCAACAUGGCUUACAACAGAUACUAAGCUUAGAUCCAAAAUCAUUUGACUCUUUCAUUUUCCCCCGUCCCUCGCUAUCACUUUCUGUAUCAACUUCGGAGUACAUUAUAAUACUAGAAUUCUGCAACAGUCUAUUGCUGAUGUUUUUCAAAUUUUGUUUUGGGAUAUACGUUUGCAUGCAAAGUGCAUCACUAUCUAGGCUUUAUUAUCAGUGCCAAACGCGAUCGAUAGACAUAAACAAUAGAGUGGGUUGAAAGAACCUAUUUUCGGGCUUUGUUUUCGAUAUUAAUGCUGUUUACCUCUUUGAUUAUCGCUAGCUGAAUUACAUCGCUA